UGGCACUUUCACCCCUUGGCAGAGUUGGAUUAAAAGGAGGGCCAGGCUGUUUCUUCAUUGACCCAAAUCCUGGAGGAGGAUCCUUUUACAGCUUUAGUCCUGAUGAUAAACUCCCAUUUAACAAGCAGCUCCUGAAUCACGAAGAUAAAAAUAGGAUUUAUAUUUCUCUCCCAUGUUCAAAUAGCAGAUUUCUGAUCACACGAUCGUGAGAGAGCUGACAGUUGAAGUAUAUUUUUAGUCUACUCUAAUAAUGUUGGUCAUUUCAAGUCACAGCUGCCCAGCAGGUCUUUGGGGUUUUGAAGAAAUUCUUUUGAACUCCAGAAAGGCAGCCACUUCCUGGAAUCAAUCAAAUGAGUCAUAUGUGAACUCCAGCAUGCCCGUCUCUGACGACCACGAGUCGGUGCUGCUCAGCGUGGUCUUCCCGGCCCUGUACUCACUGCUCUUCGCCGGGGGGCUGGUGCUGAACUGCCUGGCCGCCUGGAUCUUCUUCAAGAUCCGCACCCGGAGCAGCUUCAUCCUCUACCUGAAGAACAUCACGGUGGCCGAUUUCCUGAUGAUCCUGACCUUCCCGCUCCUGGUGGUCACGGAGGCCGAUCAGGGACCCUGGCAACUGCACGCUGUGGUGUGCCGCUACUCAGCCGUGAUCUUCUACACCAGCAUGUACAUCGGCAUCAUCUUCCUCGGCCUGGUCAGCCUGGACCGCUUCCUGAAGAUCGUGCGGCCCUUCGGUCACUCGCGCCUCUACAGCUACUCUUUCACCCGGGUCCUCUCAGCUGGUGUGUGGGUGUUCAUGAUCAGCCUCUCCCUGCCAAACACCAUCCUGACCGACCGGCCGCUGAACGCCAGCGACCCAAAAAACUGCAUGGCCCUGAAGAGUGAACUGGGCAAGCAUUGGCACACUGCCGUCUCGAGCAUCGACAUAUUCAUCUUUGCCGCAGUCCUGGUCACCCUGCUGAUCUGCUACGUGUCCAUUUAUCUGCAUGUCCACCGCUCCAAUGCCAAGUUCGUGAGCUCCACCGAAGGAGGAGGCCCACAGGCCAAACAGAACAUCUCAGUGGUGCUGGUGGUGUUCUUCGUGUGCUUUGUGCCCUACCACCUGUGUAGAAUUCCCUACACCCGCAGCCAGGUCAACGAGAAAGUCAGCGAGGACAUAAAAUACCAAUGGAUGUACGUGAAGAAGGUUGUGCUCUUCCUUUCCUCCUGCAAUGUCUGCCUGGACCCCAUCAUCUACUUCCUCAUGUGUAAGUCCUUCACGCGCCGGCUCAAGGCACAACUGGGCAUGAAACGGACGCACAACUUGAGUGAAUCUCGCAUGAUCCAGAAGUCACAGGUGCGGCGGUUUCGCGAGUACCCUGCCCCAGUCUGAAGUGAACAGGCUUCGGGAGUACCCUGCUCCAGUCUGAAGUGAACAGGCUUCAGGAGUACCCUACUCCAGUCUGAAGUGAACAGGCUUCAGGAGUACCCUACUCCAGUCUGAAGUGAACAGGCUUCAGGAGUACCCUGCUCCAGUCUGAAGUGAACAGGCUUCAGGAGUACCCUGCCCCAGUCUGAAGUGAACAGGCUUCAGGAGUACCCUACUCCAGUCUGAAGUGAACAGGCUUCAGGAGUACCCUACUCCAGUCUGAAGUGAACAGGCUUCGGGAGUACCCUACUCCAGUCUGAAGUGAACAGGCUUCGGGAGUACCCUACUCCAGUCUGAAGUGAACAGGCUUCAGGAGUACCCUACUCCAGUCUGAAGUGAACAGGCUUCAGGAGUACCCUACUCCAGUCUGAAGUGAACAGGCUUCAGCUCCCAGCCCAUGACACUGAAUGUUUGGUUUGUUUAUGCUUUGGGGUCCGACAGAAGGACAGCUCAGGCUUACUCCCAGUUUCACCUUCCUCUGGCUGACUACCUUUUUACCUUUGUCUCAAAAACAUUGCUUCACCUGAACUCGAUCAGAUAUGAAUUAGAAACAUUUACCUUUUUUUACUGGAUGCUGGUAAAAUUUGAAAUUGUUAGAGUGAAUCACUGAGAAUUUCGUUUAUAUCAGAGAUAUGCUUCAUUCCCUAAAGAAAAAAUGAGUUACUGACUCCCACUGUUUUAGCUAAUAAACAAGAAAUUAUUAACUGGACAUAAGUCUGGAGAUUUAGGAGUCUAUUUAGGAUGUUAGAUGUGUGAUCAAAGGUUAUUCUGGUAUGAUACAGAUAUCCCAUCGCCAUCUGAUCUGUGUUUAUAUCAGGAUGUGUAUAUAUUACUGGACCAAAAAUGUAAAUAUUGUUUUUUGUGUUGAAAAAUAUUUAUAAUCCUUGCCUUCACUUGAAUCUUCCCAGCUGUUUUCCGGAGGCCAACUCCUGUUACAACUUGUCUUAAUUCUUUGGAAGCAAUCCACCAAAGGUAGAAUAGAAUCUUGUUCUAUUCCACACUGAACUUGCAGAAUAAACAUCAAAUAAACAAAUGAAUAAAUUUCAAGCAAGGAUUUUUACUUUACCCAGAUGUGAGCAGUAGGACAACAACAACAACUAUUAGGUAUUGUAACAGUGUUAUCUAGACAGUAUAUUGGUUUAACUAUAUGUUGUUUAGCAAUGAUUUUUUAAAUAGGUUUUGUUUGUUGAAACUGAGAAAAUAGUAAGCAGAGAGAGAGGGUCCCAGCAAGCAAGAGGCCACCAGUUCAGUGGGGCAGUUGGCAAAUGUAUUAAAUUCCAGCCUGUCAUUUGAGACAUUAAUUGAUGUGACUUUUUCUGGAGAAAAUGGAAUUGAGAGAAACUUAAAUCAUAGCUCUUUCUAGUGACAAUUAUUCAACAUCUCAGAAACACCCUUUCUAGAACAGUUUGAUUUAGGGUGGGACAAUAUUGUGAUUGCUAGGUGCUUUUCAGGACAUGUGACUAAAUUGUGCAACCAGAUUGUGCAACACGUACUAGCAAAGUCAUAUAUCAGGAGACUUUUGGUUUUACAUCCAUUGAGCAAUUUAUUGCGUGUAAUUAAAUAUAAUCAACAUUUCAUUGGAAAUGUGUAUGCUCCUUGAUUUCUCUGUGGCCUCUUUCUCUUUCAGUUAUUUUAUGAAACAAUGAUCUACUUCCUGCAUGAGUUCUCAGGAAUACGUGGUUAUAGGAAUGCCUCCAAACUUCCAAAGUUGCACAUUAGCUCAGUGGUACAAUGAACAACUGUCAAGUUGAUUGUGAAAACAGCUUUUACCCUCUCCUGGCAAAAUUUCAUGUAUUUGGCAACAGCCAUGUCCCUUGGCCUUGUGACCUAAAUGUGUCUUUCGUGUUGUGUAAAUGCCUGUAAAAAAUUAAAUUGUACU